AGAUAGAGAGAGAGUGUGUGAGAGAGAGAGAGAGAGAGAGAGAGAGAGAGCAGAAAUGGCGGCGCGCGCUUCCCCCGCCACGUCUCUCUCUCGGCGGAGAAUGUGCGGGAUCCCGGCGGUGCGCGUGCGGCUCCUGCGUGCGGUGCUGUGCGUGAUGUGCGUGCUGUGCGGCGGGGUUCGGGCCGGUCUGUACACGGACUCGGAUCAGGUCGCCAUCUUGACUCCCGAUAAUGUGGAUGCGGUUCUGUUCCAGUCCCCUUCCGCUGCGCUGCUCGAGUUUUACGCCUCCUGGUGCGGCCACUGCAUCGCCUUCUCACCCGCGUGGAAACAGCUGGCGCUGGACAUCAAAGAGUGGAAGUUGGCGGUGAAGUUGGCGGCGAUUGAUUGUGCUGACGAGUUGAACAGAGGCGUGUGUGUGAGAUUCGGCAUCAAGGGAUAUCCGUCUCUGAGGUUUUUCCCAGCAUUCUCCAGUAACGACUCUACAGGUGAAGAUAUCAGCGGCUUCUCCCGUGAUGUCCCAAGUCUCCGUCAUCUCAUUAUUGAUAAACUGGAGUCUCAUAAAACCCCCACACCGCCGGCAUGUCCUCCACUGGAGCAAACCAGUGCUCGAGAGAUUGACAGUUAUGUGGAGAACAGCGGAGGGCAGAACCUGGCGCUGGUGUUCGAGGGGAACGACUCCUAUGUGGGCAGAGAGGUGAUCCUGGACCUGCUGCAGUAUGAGAACAUCAUGGUGCGGCGUGUGUUACGCUCGGAGGAGGAGCUCGUGUCUCGACUCGGUGUGACGGAUUUCCCUUCUGUUUACCUCUAUAACACACACACCAACUUUACCAGACUGCCAGUGCUGAGAGAAGCGCGUGCGUUUUACUCGUACGCCCUCCAGAGGUUACCCGGUGUGGUGCGAGAGGGAAAACCUCGCCCUGAAGAGAGCGACUUCAUCAGGAAUCACACAGAGGAGCAGUGGAGACCGUUCAACAAGACGCGUGUGUACAUGUCUGAUCUGGAAUCUGCUCUGCAUUACUCUCUGCGAGUGGAAUUAGCGUCUCAUUCCAUCAUUAGCGGAGAAGAUCUCACCGCUCUCAGACGCUACAUCUCUGUACUGGACAAGUAUUUCCCAGGCAGGCCUCCAGUGAAAAAUGCUUUAAAAGCGGUGAAUGAUUGGCUGCAGAAGCAGGAGGGAACGUCCAUCAACUACAGCGACUUCAGAGCGGCUCUGAACACCAGGAGCACUGACUCAUACCUUCCUAAAGUUGAGAGGUGGGUGGGGUGUCAGGGUUCGAAGCAGCACUUUCGAGGUUAUCCCUGCGCAAUGUGGACACUCUUCCACACACUGACGGUCCAGGCCCUAGAGACAAAAAGCAGAGACCCUCAGGAGGUGUUACAGGCCAUGAGGCGGUAUGUCAGUAGUUUUUUCGGCUGCCGUCCGUGUGCAGUUCACUUUGAGGACAUGGCUCUGGAGAGUAUGAAUCGGGUGAUCUCGCUGAGGUUCGCAGUCCUCUGGCUCUGGUCUCACCACAACCAAGUCAACGCCCGCCUUGCAGGUGAACUGAGCGAGGAUCCUCACUUCCCCAAAGUCCAGUGGCCUCCUCCGGACCUCUGCCCGGCCUGUCACAGCCUGAAGCCCAGCGGAGAGCACACCUGGGUCCAGGAAGAGGUGUUAUCCUUCCUCAAAAAUUAUUAUUCCGCCCAGCACCUCUUACACGACUUCCUGUCUGACGACAUCACACCGCCACUGACGGAGAGACACAAAGCCAGAGAGGCGGCGCCCCAGGAGGACCAGGAAGCAGGAGAGGAAGUGGAGGAAGACGAGGCGGUUGAGGAAGUAGACGGAGCUCCUCAGGAUGAAAAAUCGGCAUCGGAGGCGCUGCCGCGUAAACCGAGCAUCGUCGGACUUAGGCUCCGUCAGUUCAGAGAGGACAUCGUGGACCUUGACUCCUUCAUCGUCCAGCACUACAAAGCUAAAACACCGACGAAGAGGCAAGACACGGAGGAUGAAGUCGAGCCACGUUCGUGGAACGUGAGGAGGACCAAGCGUGAUCUUGCUGCACAGGAGGCAGAAGGGUUAGCGCUGGAGAUGGAGGCGGGGCCUGAGCCGUACGGUCAGUCUCGGAGUACGCGCUGGAUGUCCGUGCUCAGUGUCGGGUUCUCGCGGCUGGACGUGAGUCUGUGUGUGAUGCUCUACCUGCUCUCCACGCUCUGCAUCGUCGCCAUGUGCCUGUACUUCAGAGUGAAACGGCGCCAACGCAGGACAAAAGUGGCACUGCCGUAACCGAUACGAACCAAAGAAAGGACCAAUGACACGCUCGGAUGAAAUAAAUCACAGAAAAACAGAUCACUUUUACUGACUGGAACAAAAUCAUAAUCUUCACGCAUGUUGUAAUUUCGCCUCCGUGUUGAUUCGUGAAUUAAGCCUUUAGCUAGGGGGCGGGGUUUCCUAGCAUCGCAUAACUGAGCCAACACCUACUGCUAGUUAGCUCGCUAGCACAGAACGCCAUAAAGCCAGCCACUGAGGCGCUCGACAGCGUUGCCUCUUUUUGUCUCCAUAAAUCAAGGAAAUCUCUGGAAGUAAUUAUAAAAAUUACAGUUACGAUGUAGUCUCAUGCGAUAUAUUUUUUUUUCCUGCGCGUGAUUAAAAAAACUUUUUUAAACCAUCCCGCGGUCACAUGUAUGUCGACUGGUCACUAACUCUUUUAUUGGGACUGCUCUGUUGGUGUAUUGUCUGUCUGAGCGAAAACUCGUCCGAGUGAUAAAAUGUGGCGCUUCUACGCAGGUACAAAUACGUAAACAUCGGUGCGGUGAUAAAAUAUCAUUGGAGUAAACAUCACUAGAUAUCGUGGCAGCGUAAUCUCGUGUAGGGACGAUAAUAUCGUAUCGCACAAGCUUGUGAUGUGAUUGAACAGUCGUUUUAUUUUGACAUGCAGUACAAACAACGUAAAACAUUUUUACAGUGUGGCGCAGUACGGUACAUCUGACGUACGCUGUGAGCGGUGCUAAUGUAAUAAUGUUAUAUAGUAGCCUUACAGACGCUCGGGUUUAUCGUGACUGGCUUCCGAAGUAUAUGUGAUGUAAGAAAAACAACAACAACAAAGGACAUUAGCAGAUAAAUUCGAAUGAAAAACAUGAAUCGGAGAUGUUCGGCUUUUCAGCGUCCUGUGCUCGCUGAUGUUCAUGUAAACGAUAGAAGGAUGUAAAUUGAAGAAUAUCAGUAUCGACUCGGACAGAUUUCCGAGUCCUUACUUGUGUCGGAUCAUCGUUUCUGUCGGAGUUACUCCCGCCUGCUCGGGUGUGAUUUAUCCAAUCAAAAGCACUGACGCUUCUAAUCAUUCAGCUGUUUGAUUUCUCGCCUCGGCCCAAGCGGCGGCGGCGUCGCUUUUAAACAGUGUCUCAGCAGGAUUUCACAGAAUCGUACAAUAAAUAAUGAACACUUGGAACAUUGUGGGUGCGUGGUGUGAGGGGCGGAGUUAGCGCUUGUAGCUUAAAAUUCAACAUUCGCACCAAAGUCCAGUGAAAAUACUGUAGCAUUCCAGCUUUGACGACAUUUCAGUGUAUAUCACAUUACAUCAUCUCAAAUGAAAUCGAUUUAAAUGAUCUAUCUGAAUGAAUCUGUAACAAAUAAACCACGACUAAAACAUUCA